AUGAGGCAAGGCAAUACAGCGCCGGUUAACCAGAUUAAGUCAAGAACAAGGAAGCAGCCCAGCGAAAAACCAGCCUAUUCACAGAAAAGUCAAGCGCGCGGUAAACCAUCUGUUCGACAGCACCCUCCCGGUUGCCAACCCUACGGAUGCUGGAAUUUGCGGAGCUGCUUCACGUCAUGCCAUUCCUGUCACAAGUUGGGUCACUUUCAGUCCGUGUGCACCCAAGGUAGCUCAGCGUCCAAGCCAGAGAUAGCCAGCAGCAUCACUAUUCAGUUCAUACUUCAAGAGGACAUGGUCCAGAUCGGUAUUACCCCUGUCUACGGUGGCGCGAAGUAUCUUAUCCGGAUGCUGCCAGACACUGGAGCAUCCAUCGAUGCCAUCCCAGCCCGUUUGUAUCUGAGCCAGUUCAACGACGUCCCGUUAUCUUCUCAUGGGGCCGAAGCCGUCACGGCCACAGGUGCUCCUAUAGCGUCGCUGGGCCAAUUUCAAGCGUCGUUGGUGUGGGCCAACAGUUCCAGCAGUCCGGUUGCCACAUCAAUUCACGUCCUUCAAGAACUUCAACAGCCGGUUAUUUCAAAGGCGACACAGAAGAGAUUCGGAAUGCUGCCCGCCCAAUACCCUCAUGCGUGUAUGUUAGCAGCCCUCACACUCCCCCAGGCAGAGCAUCCAGCGGCUCCAGAUGUUCAGUCGACAUUGAAUGAGCUGAUGGCUGAGGUCCCUUCCAUCUUUGACGGUGUCUGCCGGCCGAUGCUGGGCUCUCCAUGCCAUUUCCGGCUCAAGGAGGACGCAGUCCCCUCAUCGAUCCGUGGAUCGCGCCCUAUUGCUGUUCCUCUUAUGCCAAAAGUCAAGCGGGAAUUAGACAUGUUGGAGGAGCAAAACAUUAUUGCCAAGGUGACUGAGCCAACAGCGUGGGUCCGCCCUAUUGUAAUUGUUCCAAAGGAGGAUGGCGAAGUAAGAAUCCGCGGUGAUUUCACAUCCCCCAACCGGUGCAUCAUCAGACCAGUCUUUGAAGCACCUACACCAUUUCAAGCGGUUCGCACCAUCGCACCGGGGAUAAAAUUUUUCACCGUGAUUGACGUACUCAAAGGAUACCACCAGGUAGUACUGGACAACGACUCCAGCCUCAGGACGACCGUGUCCACCCCGUUUGGUCGCUACAGAUACCUCCGCCUUCCCUUUGGUAUUUCUCUCGCUGGAGAUGACUACAGUCGGCACCUUGCCGACGUUUUUGACGACUUCCCGAACUGCCGCCGCGUCGUCGAGGACGUGCUUGUUUUUUCGGCCACUUGGGAGGAACACGUUGGCCUGGUAAGGCGGUUGUUCAAACUUGCGGCGGAUCAUCGGAUCGCUAUCAACGUAAAGAAAAUCGUAUUUGCACAAUCUUCGGUGUUGUUCGGCGGCUAUGUCGUCGGGGAAAACGGAUUUCAAUCCAACCCUGACCUGCUCAAAGCCAUUCGCGAGUUCCCGAAACCUACCUGUGUCUCAGAAAUGCGGGCUUUCCAUGGUCUCUGUCAGCAGGUAGGAAAUUUUUCAGAUGACCUGGCCUCCUUGCUCCGCCCUCUAGCGCCAUUGUUACGAAAAGAUUUCCUCUGGGAGUGGACACAACAGCAUGAAAUAGAUUUCCAAGCGGCCAGGGCCGCGUUAUCGUCUUCUUCGAUUUCCGAAUUUGGCGUUUUACAACCCGGCUCGCCCAACGUCACUCCACGUAGAUGCUUCACGUCUCCGCGGGUUAGGUUUCAUCCUCCGUCAGCAGCAAACAGGGGGCAGAUGGAUGGUCGUGCAAGCGGAAUCCCGUUUUCUGUCAGACGCCAAAUCCCGCUACGCCAUGAUUGA